UCACGUGCGGCGACAGGAAACUAAACAUACGCGAGACUGCACCUUGCGCUCUUUGCUUCAUAGUCAUUUGCAUUUCAAAGCGUGAACAUAAAUGUAGACGCGUGGCGUAAUACCUCUUUUUUUAAUUUAGCUUUAAAAAUCUUGAGUUGGCUAGCCGCUGUGUACAAAACACACGAAAUAAUUGGCAAAUUCUAGAUUCCAACAAUAACAUCUACUGGACAUUCGUGCAAAGUGAUUGUGCUCGCGUAACGGACGAUGCUCAUUGCUUCCUUACGGAAGUUAUUUUUCAUCAGUAAGAUUUCCACGUAGUCGAUGAAUGGUGAACGACAAACUCUUUGGCCCCAUGGGCCAAAUAAUAAUAUAUGGCAUUAUUUCCAUAGUAGUAAUAAUAGCGAUAUUGGUGAUCGCGUGCUUUGUCACUCCAGGAUGCAUUGGAUAUGAAUGUGUAAGGCCAAGAAAAAAAUCAAAAAGAGCGCCAACGCUAAAUAAAAAUAAAGCUAUCGAUGACGUAAAAAAUAAUUAUACAAGCUACAGAUCAUGGCGUUUAGGUAGUUUGUAUGAUACAAAUAAUGGAACGAUCCACGAACAUUCAAUAUCACCAAGAGAUUCAAUAAAUUCAGUUAACAGCCAAUUUGAAUCAAUAGAUACUUCAUCCGUUGUGAAUCUUGUAAAUCCUUCUGGAGGAAAAAAAGGCAAAGAAAAACCUUUUCCUACCGAACUAACUUUGAGUCUCAGAUUUUUGCCUUAUUGUGAAGGAGUUACGUCAUCGAAAUUAGUAAUUGGAAUUGAGGCAGUAUCUGGGCUACCUCCAAAACAGUAUAACUGUACAUUAGAUCCAUACGUAAAAUUAAACAUAACUAAACAGUCUUGGACACAUAAAAAGAAGCGAGAAAUGUACAGUUUCACUACUAAAAGUGUUAAGCAAACAGCUAAUCCAAUAUUUAAAGAAUCGUUUGUAAUAUCAGGCAUAUCUACUCAAGAAAUUAAGGAAUGGAUUUUGAAUUUUGAGGUUCAUGAUCACGACCGUUAUGCAAAUCAUACAAAGUUAUGCGAGUUACAAGUACUAUUGAAAGAUAUGAAAAAGAUAUAUUUCAGUCCUGAAACGCAUCUAUUCAACUUUCACAUGAAACAGUCUAAAGAGGAAUACGGAAGCAUAUUACUUGGUAUGAGUUAUCUACCGACAGCACAACGCUUAACAAUAAACGUUAUGAAACUACGUAAUGUCAAGUUCAUGCCUACUAUUCCUAAUAUACACGAAUUUAAUCCAUAUGUAAGGAUAUUAAUGUUAAACGGUAAAACUGGCAGAAGGAUGAAAAAGAAAAAAACGAAAUGUAUAACUGGUAUACAAAAUAUUGAAUUUAAUGAAACACUAACCUUUGAUUUACCUAUUCAUCAAAUCGAUAGUAUACAAUUUCUAGUUAUUUUAUGCAGCAAACUUACCCAAGAAGAUAAAAGUUCAGCCAUGAUGAACGAAGUACCAAGUGAUAGUGAAGAUUCAAUUAGUUCAUUUCAAAAACCAAAAGAUAUUUGUUUGGGUAAAGUUGCUUUUGGAAAAGGCGUUCGUGGUGUAACAGAACGACUUCAUUGGUUCUCUACUUUACAAAAUCCUAGAAAACUCGUCACAGUAUGGCAUUCGUUAAAAUAAUGGAAUACCAGCAUAUUGAAACAUAUCCAGUACUGACAGAAACAUAAACGCCGCUGAAACAUUUUCGUCGCCAGUAUUAUCAAAGACUACUUUUUCAUCAAUUAUCCAAUUUCUAUAAAAUAUUUCAGAAAUUAAUAAGUAUUCACAGUGAUAUGCCAAUUUUUGAUGCUCAUUGGAAGUGAAAAUUCCAGCAACAACUGGUAUCUACAAUAUAUAUUAAGAAUUGUAAUCACUGUUUCAUAAUUUCACCUUUUUAAUGACUACUUUAUACAAGAUCAGAAAUCCAACAGUUAUUAAAUGUGAAUUUUAUAAAUGUAAAAAUGCUAAUUUUCUUUCUCUAAUUGAUGAUUGAUCGAGUUGCAAAUUAACUGCCAUUCUAUAAAAUAUGUACGAUAAUACAGUGAAAGAAUAGUAACGAUAACUCGAAUAAUAUUAAACACCGUUGAAUGGGCGGUACGUAUAAUUAUUCGUAUUAAUUGUUAGACCAAUAUUCCAUUAAAACUCGUCUCAGUAUUCCAGAGGUAUUUGAUAUUGACAGUACUACAAUAAAAUUUAAGAAAGAAGAUAUAAUUAUAUUAGUUAUGAAUUAAUUAACGGUUUCUUUUCAAUGCUCUGUGCGUGGGGACUUGCUCGAGGAGUAUGCCGAAAAUCUCAUCGCACACAUAUUGUAUCGAAAAAUAAUGUUAGAUACAAAUGCGGGGAAGCUCAGUUCGCUCAGAUGCAUACAUCCACAUGAGGUUGAAGUUAUAUUCAUGUAAAAGGAACGAAAUGUACAAUUUGAAGCACAUGGCAUGAAGGACAUUGUCGAGUAAGCUCUUAUUAAUUGUUUCAAUGAAAACGAGAUCUUAUGGAAGGUAUGGCUUGGUUAAAUUUAUAUCGAGAUUAGGUUAAAUACCUGCAUAUUCGAAGCUACCAAACCGCAAGCCUUAAGUAGAGCACUGUCAACACCUUUGAUUUUAAAGGAUGGAUGUAUCGACAGCACAUAUAUUCGAAGAUAAGCAUUCUGUCCGAAUGUUUGAUAGGCAUCAGCUUGCGAGAUUAAUGAGUUCUUUAAUUGCAUAAUGGCUUUUAAAGGUUCUCCUUCGUAUACCUAAAUUUGAUUGUAAGCUUAGCAAAAAUGAUCAAAUCAAUAAUAUUCUAAAUAACAAUGGCACUGACAUCUAUAAAAAAAUAAGC